AUGCUCCCCGUCACCUCCACACUUGCCAUUGUCCUCUUGGCAUCUACCGUCUUCUCAGUUCCCAUCAGCAACACUCAUACCGCUCCUUCCAGUGGAGACGCCAACACUCUCCAAACCAGAGAUUGGGAUCAAGCAGAGCUGGAUAAACGGUGGCUUGGAUUUUUCAGUUCCACGGCACAGACUAUUCGCCGUGUCGCAACCAGCGUGAACGGUGUCGCAACCAGCGCGAGGCUCGGUUUCGCAAACGGCUUGCAGGCCGGUAUUAAUGAAGGGGUCAAAGCGGGAGUCCAUAAUGUCGUCAAGAAUGCCGUCAAAGGUACCGCUCAGAAGGCCGCAACUACAUCACUGCAGAAAGUGCUCACCAGUCAGAAAGUCAUCAACGCCCUUAGGAAAGCGCGUGUCGAAGGCACUAGGGGAAGAAGAAGGGGAGUACAGCGCGACCUCGAAGGGCUGGAAGAUGACGAGAUUUUGGCACGGGAGCUUUUGGGAAACGAAGUGGAAAGGCGAAUGGGAGCACGAGAAUUUGAGCAUUUGGAUAUGCUAGACUGA